GGGGUGAAGGGGGCGGUGUUGCCGCCGCCGCUGCAGCUGCCGGAGGAGCGGGAGCCUCGCCGGGGAUGGUGCUUCUGGCGGCGCUGGCUUCUCCGGGCGGCUCGACGGCGUUUCCAGACGGAAGAUAGCAGUAAUGCUAACAUUGGCAAGCAAGCUAAAACGGGAUGAUGGUGUCAAGGGGCCCCGUUCAUCCAACCCAGGUUCUGAUUCAACUCGAAGAGUGUCUGUUAGAGAUAAGUUACUUGUUAAAGAAGUUGCAGAACUUGAAGUAAAUUUACCUUGUACAUGUGAAGUAAACUUUCCUGACCCAAAUAAACUCCAUUAUUUUCUCCUAACUGUAAACCCAGAUGAAGGUUAUUACCAAAAUGGAACAUUUCAGUUUGAAAUUGAAGUUCCUGAUGCCUAUAAUAUGGUGCCUCCCAAAGUGAAAUGUUUGACUAGAAUCUGGCAUCCCAACAUCACGGAGACAGGGGAAAUCUGUUUAAGUUUAUUGAGAGAACAUUCAAUUGAUGGCACUGGCUGGGCUCCAACUAGAACAUUAAAGGAUGUUGUCUGGGGAUUAAAUUCUUUAUUUACUGAUCUCUUGAAUUUUGAUGAUCCUUUGAAUAUUGAAGCUGCAGAGCAUCAUUUACGUGACAAGGAGGAUUUCCGAUCUAAAGUGGAAGAUUACAUUAAGCGCUAUGCAAGAUGAUGAAGGGAGAAGGCAGGACCAUGGAUUGUGUACACAAUGUUGAUUGGUAACUUGAUAAAACAUCAAAAAAAAACCUGGAAUGUGCUUGUUCUGUAUCCAUGUUGUUCUGAAGACGAUAACAAGCUUCAAAAUAGUUCAUGUCCAAUGGUGAGUUCACCGUCAAUACAACAAGAAAAUUGUGUAUGUUGGUUGGAGAAAAGGUUGUUUGCCUAACUCUUUACAAUGUUUUCUUUUCUGAAAUUGUACUGUAUAUCUGGAAUUGAGAUAUGCUUGAAACUUAAAAGAAAUCACUAUUAAGAUUAUUUUUGCUUUAAAAAUUAUUCACGUCUAGUAAAAAUUAAUGGUAUGUUUACUGGAACACUUAAAAUUGGCAAUAAAAUUGGUCUUUAUAGAACUUUUAAGAUGCAUAAAUAUUUGCCUUUGCUGGAACUGAAAAAAAAGUCCUGCACUUGAGCAAAGCUAAUUGCAUAAAGCUAGUUUAUACCUACUGUUGAAGUUAUUAUAUUUAAUUUAACUUUUUUUAAAUUGCUGCUUUCUCUUCCUUUUUUGCCUACAGUGUUUUUAGUUUGCAUUUAUUGUGCAAAGCACUUACUGAAACCAAGGCUGAUUCUAUGGCCUACAUAUAAAUGCAGUGUGUUAUUUUUAAAACCCAAUUAUUUUACAUGGAGGUGCAAUGAAAGGGAAGUGUUUUUUUUUAAAACUAUCUUUUUUAAAUUUUAGAUUUUGCCGUGGAAAGUUGAUAUUUCAGACUAUUAUAUAAUAAAGUAACAUGAAGUUUCAAGUAAUAACUUGGGAGAACUACCCAAAGCUCUAGCACCUAAUCCAUGAGAGCAACUUACUUCAUGCUGCAAUUUCAUGAUCACACUUUUGGAAACCAACUCCUCUGGGAUAAAGGCAUAGUUCAUGAAGAGUGCUUUUUAAAGCCUACUUAGCUAGCUAGCUCUAUAUCAAAGAAUGUAUAUAUCAGAUUGCAGCAUGCCUUUUGGGUGGGAGGGUGCAUGUACCUCAGGAACUAGUUCAAAGCAAAUGCCACACACAAUGUGUGUUUAUUAUUUUAGCCUACUUCUUCCUGACAUGUUGAUCACAGCUGAUACUGUAACUGGCCUGGGAAUCAAUUGAGAGAGCCAUAGUCAUCAAAUUUUAUUUAGGUUUCAUACAUAAAAGUGAAAUGUAUUUUGGGUUACUGUGAUAAAUUACCACUAAAGCCAGAAAUGAAUAAAUGUUUGUGUAGUUUCAUGCAUAUGUUGUGCAAAACAUUUCCUGCCUCAACAGUUACCUGUGCCAUAUGAAAGAAUCCAUUUAAAUUCAUCAGGUGCUUGUGAUUUGCCAUUACUGUAAAAACUGAAAACUUGGAUAACAAAAGCCCUGAAAUCGCACCAUUGUUUUCAUAGAUUUUAUCAGUGUAAGACAUUUGGCUGUGCAAUUGUUACAAUGUAGCCAAAGUUAUAUGCUUUUAGGUCCCAUCGAUUUGAAUGGGAAAUAUUUAAACAUAAGUUUAACUUUCCUUUUGCCAUCAAUGGUACUUACAAAGUACUUAACCUUUGGCGGGAUUGUACCUAGUAUGUCUUAAAGAUCUGUUGCAAAACAUAUAGUUCCUUUAACUUGCAAUGCUGCUACUCAGAACUUGGGUAAAUGACCUUUUCUAGUCACUGAUGUUGGUGUGCAGAGUUGGGCCUCUGAGAAAUUAUUCAAAGAUAUUCCUUUGAAUCUAUAAAGCAAUGUGUAAUUAUAUUGAAAAGUAUGAAAGAGAUUAUUCCUAAUCAGGGCAGUUUUCAUGAGAAGCAUUUCCCCCUUUCUUAAAAAGAAAAUACUGAAACAUCAGGAAAGAUAAGAGCCACUGCACAUUCAUCUUUGAAAUCAGUAACAUGAAUAUAGCCUGAAGGACUGUUUCCCCUGUUAAUGUAUAAUGUGGAAAUACAUUUCUUUAGGUAUGAUUAAAGUUAUCCAUAGUUUUA